UCGCAAAGGUUACGAUUCUGUCCAUGCCGUAGUUUUUUACAGUACAGUUAUCCACUUGAUUUUUUGAGACUUUUUUCUUCGAUGAUUUUAUAUUUCAUCUAUUCACGCAAAUGUAGGCUGCUCAUGAAGAUAUUAUGUUUAAAAUUGAUGAUAUUGAUUUCGAUAUUGAUUUUGAUGAGGAUUUGGAUGAGGAAAGUUUUAAAGGUGCCAGCGUAGCAAAUAAAGCUGAAAGUUCAAAAAAUAAUCCCUGCGAUUCUGAAAAUAAACUAAAUUCUACCUCACAAGUUAGUCCUGUCUGUAAUGAGAGUUCAUCUAUUUUUAAACUUCCUACACAGAAAAGUGAAAUUAGUCCGACAUCUUUGAAAAUCAAUUCAGUUCCGAUAAAACCAUUCACACCAAAAAAGCCUUCUUUUUUAAAUGUGAACCGUCACAAUACUACCCCAGAUAAAUUAAAUAACAGUUACAUCAGCCUUGAUGCUGCUGGUCCUUCGACUUCUACUCAAUAUUCGCCUCUAAGGAGGUCUACUUCGGAGGGCAAAUUAGUGAAUGAUAAUGCUGUCAAAUCCAAUUUGAUGAUAGAUAGGCAAAAUGCAAACUCAAUCAGGCCUAAAUUUGAUGUUCUCCCAUCGACAUCUAAAGAUGAUAAAGUGGCCUUUUUGUCAAAUUCACUUAUUAAGCAUAAUGAACUAAAAUGUGUGCCAAAUAAAGAUAAUUCUAGUCAUGCUGGUAAAAUCAGUCUUGAUUUACUGUGUGAGAAAAAAUUAUGCCAACCAACAUAUAGACAAACAGAUAAAAUAGUUAGGCAAAGAAAGUUCCCAGGACCUGCUGGCCUUCUUCCACAACGGAUUUCAAAUACUUCUUUAAUUGCGACCGAGGAUUUCCUGAAUGAACUUGAAAAUGAAACAAAUAAUAGAGAAUAUGAGGAAAAAGAAGUCCUGUCACAACAAACAGGAAGUUUUUUUGAAAACAGCGACUCCUGGUUAGCUCUCCUCGAAGACUUGGGCCCUUGUGGAUCACAAUUGAUGGGCUCUCUCAAUCUCUCCUUAUUUCCAAAAGUUUUGAAAAGAAACUUAAGAGGCUGUAAAAUUCCUUUUUUGGCUGUGAUGGUUAUGAAUGUUGAUUGUACACUUCAGGACCCUUUUUUACAAUUGAAAGAUACCAGUGGCGAGAUCCCUGCUAUUCUUCAUAGAGAUGUCUGGGACAGUUGGAAUUCUGAAAUAUGUCCAGGAAGCGUCUUAGUACUUAGAAAUGUAGGUGUUAUUAGCGCAGGCGUUUUGAUUAGAAGAUGUAUAUUGAACAUUACGGAAAACAACAUAACUGCAAUUUAUUACUCCAAGCCUGAACAUAAAAAAGUGCAAUUGAAAAUGUUGAGUCACUUACCAACCGUGGACGAAAGCUUGGAAAUACUUCAGGAAUGGAAGAAAAUAAUGGAGAAUGUUCCUACCACUCCGAUAAGAAGACCUGGGGUAAAUUCUAAUACUGUUCCGCUUUUCAACCAUUUUCCCCUUGAUAAUUUUGGAGAGCCUCCUGAAAAAAAGAUCUGUAGCUCCCUACCCCCCCAAGGGAAAGUUGUCAAUCCGAAUCCAUUCAAAUUGGGUGAUAAUGCACUUGUUGAUUCAUUUUUGGAAGGCCUUGAUACAAAUGAACUUUUCUGUGAUUUUUAAAUGACAUUUAUAUAAUAUGUGUACAUAUUUAAUAAACUAUAUUUCGAUAUAUAGGAAAUAAUAUUUUCGCUGUAUUUAAAUU